CGAAAACGCGGCGGAGGCUUCGGGACCGCGGGCACCUGCAGGGCGCAUCCGAACCGCGAGCGCCGCGGGCAGCAGGCUGUGUGAAGGGGACGCGGCACGAAGGGAGCAGGAGGAUGGCGAGCGAGGCAGCGCUGAACGGGGCGGUGGUGAAUGGGGCAGCAGUGAACGGGGCGGCGAUGAAUGGUCACAGUGAGCACAGGGACGAGCCGGGAGCAAAGUGCCGGGAUGCUCUGCCGGGUAAGCAGAAGGCAGCAGCUGGCAGGGAUGCAGCAGCGAUGCACCCUGUUGGUGCAGUCAGCAGGGAUGCAGCAGCGAUGCAUCCUGGCGGAUCAACCUUGGAGGCAGCUGGCAGGGAUGCGGCGGCAGUGCAGAGCAGCGGCACGGCUGGCAGCAUCGCCGGGGUGUACGUGGAGGCUAUGAAGAAGACGAUGAGCUUUUAUGAUGCCACCAGAGAGCACCUGCUGAGCCUGGAGCCGGCGCUGCUUCUCCUCGAGGCUCAGGCGGCCACGGGUGGCAUUGCUGAUGUGGGGCAGAAGUCACACGUGUCCGUGGCAGAGGCCGUGCAGAGGGGGCUGGUGGGGCUGGAGCUGAAGGAGAGGCUGCUGGCUGCCGAGAGAGCAGCCGUUGGCUUCAAGGACCCCUACACGGAGGAGCAGAUCCCUCUGUUCCAGGCGCUGCAGAAGGAGCUGCUCGGGAGGGAGCAGGGCCUGCGGCUGCUGGAGGCCCAGCUGGCAACCGGGGGCCUCAUCGACUUGGCCACGGGCAGGCGGCUCCGGGCAGAGGAUGCCUGCGAGAAGGGGCUUCUGGAUGAGGAGACGGGGCAGCUCCUGUCUGACGGCAGCGAGGAGAGCAAAGGGUUCCUCGACCCCAACAGCAUGGAGAGGGUCAGCUACGCGGAGCUCAGGGGGCGAUGCGUGGUGGAUCCGGCCUCGGGGCUCCUCCUGCUGCCCCUGCAGCUCACAUUUGCGGGGCUGGGGGGGCGAGUGAGCGGCACGGAGCUGCGGGACGCCGGCAUCAUCAGCCCCGACACGCUCAGGGCUCUGCAGGAGGGCAAGGUGUCAGCCGGGGAGGUGGCAGAGGACGAUGCGGUGCAGCGGUUCCUGCGCGGCACAAGGAGCGUGGCCGGCGUGGUUCUGCCCUCCGGGGAGCGGAGGAGCCUCUACCAGGCACUGCAGGAGCACCUCCUGCUGCCCGGCGCUGCGUUGGCGCUGCUGCAGGUGCAAGCCUCCACCGGCAGCCUGAUCGACCCCAUCCAGAACAGGAGCUUCUCCGUGGAUGAGGCCGUCAGGAGCGGCCUGGUCGGCCCCGAGCUGCAUGAGAAACUGUCUUCAGCAGAGAGGUCCAUCAGCGGCUACAGGGACCCCCGCACCGGGGAGAUGCUGUCCCUGUUCCAAGCCGUGAGCAAGGGCUUCGUCCCCAGGGACCACGGCCUCCACCUCCUGGAGGCUCAGAUGGCCACCGGCGGUGUCAUCGCUCCAGGCCGGCAUCUCCGUGUCCCCGCCGAGACCGCGUGCCGCUGGGGGUACCUGGAUGAGAGCACCCUGCAGCUCCUCGCCAAUCCCACCGAGGAAUCCAAAGGGUUUUUCCACCCCGGCUCCCAGGAGAAGCUGAGCUACGCAGAGCUGCUGGCGCAGUGCGUCACCGACCCCAGCACCGGGCUCCUGCUGCUGCCGCUCGGUGACGGAAGCCAAGGAACGCGUCUCUUCCUCGACCGCGGCGCCCAAACGGCUCUGGAGAACACAAAGGUGCCCGUCGCUGUAGGCAAGUUCAAAGGGAAGUCGGUGUCUCUCUGGAAGCUCCUUUUCUCUGACUACAUCCAGAGCGAGCAAAGAGCCGCCCUCACCCGGCAGCACCUGGAGGGAGCGCUUUCCAUGCGGGAGAUGGCCGAGGCCGUCCGUGCCGCUGUGGAGGAAAUGGCUUCUGCAGCCAACAUCACCUUUGAAGGGCUGAGGGGACGCGUGACCGCCGACCAGCUCCUGAGCUCCGAGAUCAUCAACCGGGAUCUGUUCAAGAAACUGAAGGAAGGGGAAACGUCAGCCAAGGAAGUAGUGGGCAUGGACACGGUCAGGAAGUACCUGGAAGGGACGGGGAGCAUCGCUGGGCUGCUGCUUCCCGAAUCCCAGGAGAAGAUCAGCAUCUACCAGGCCAAGAGGAAGGGGCUCCUGAGGCCAGGGACGUCGCUGAUCCUCCUGGAGGCUCAGGCUGCCACCGGCUUCGUCAUUGACCCGGCGGCCAACAAACGUUACUCUGUGGACGAGGCUUUAAGGGCAAACGUCAUCGGCCCCGACGUCUACGACAAGCUGCUGUCAGCAGAGAAAUGUGUCACCGGGUACCGAGACCCCUGCUCAGGGGACAAGAUCUCGCUCUUCCAAGCCAUGCAGAAGGAGCUGAUUGUCAGGGAGCACGGCAUCCGCCUGCUGGAGGCCCAGAUCGCCACCGGCGGCAUCAUCGACCCGGUGCACAGCCACCGCAUCCCCGUGGAGGUGGCCUACAAGCGCGGCUACCUGGAUAAGAAGAUGACCGUCAUCCUGUCUGACCCCAGUGACGACACCAAGGGCUUCUUCGACCCCAACACGGAGGAGAACCUCACCUACCUGCAGCUGAAGGAGAAGUGCGUGACGGAGCCGGGCAGCGGUCUCUGCCUGCUCCCCCUGAACAGCAAGAGGCGGCAGUUUGUGGAUGCUGCCACGCGUGAGCUGUUCUGCAGCUCCUGGAUGCCCGUCCGCUUCGGGCGUCUGCGCGGAGAGAGGGUCUCUGUGUGGGAGCUGCUGACCUCCGAGUAUUUCAGCGAGGGGCGGCGCCGUGAGAUCUUCAACCACUACCGGCUGAAGAAGCUCAGCCUGGAGCAGAUCCGGGCCAUGCUGGAGGAGGAGAUGAAGAAGUGGGCCCCCAUCAAGUUCCCGGCCCUGAGGGGCAGCGUCAGCGCGUACCACCUGAUGGAGACGGGCAUCAUUGACAGGACCCUGCUGGAGGAGGUGCUGGAGGGGUCCGUCAGCCCCGAGGAAGUCCUGCGCAUGGACUCGGUCAGAAAGUACCUCUACGGCUCCGGCAGCAUCGGAGGCAUCGUGCUCCAGCCCUCGAACCAGAGGAUGAGCAUCUACGAGGCCAUGAAACAGAACAUUGUGGUACCCGGAGUGGCCCUACCGCUCCUGGAGGCGCAGGCUGCCACGGGUUUCAUCAUCGACCCCGUGAACAACCAGAAGCUCCGCGUGGACGAGGCCGUCAAGGAGGGCGUCAUCGGGCCGGAGGUGCAUGAGAAGCUGCAGCAAGCAGAAGGGGCAGUGUCGGGCUACAAAGACCCCUUCACGGGCAGGAAGAUUCCCCUCUUCCAGGCCAUGAAGAAGGGUCUGAUUGCGGACAAGCAGGCCAUGCAGCUGAUGGAGGUACAGAUGGCGACCGGAGGCAUCAUCGACCCCGCGUGUGGCCACCACGUCCCCAUCGAGGCCGCCCAGAAGCGCGGGUGCCUGGAUGAGGACACAAGCAGAGCCCUUUCCGAGCCCAGCGACAGCAACAGAGCCUUCUGCGUCCCAGACAGCAAGGAGAACGUGAGCUACGCCGAGCUCAUCCAGCGUUGCCAGAAGGACGAGGAGUCUGGCUUCCACCUGCUGCCUCUGCUGCAGACGGCCGCUCCUGCCUACACGGAUGAGCAAAUCCAGCAGCUCUUCCAGGAAACCAUGGUGAAGGAGAAAGGAGUCUCCCUGUGGGCGCUCAUCCACUCCGGGUACUUCACCGAAGAGCAGCGGAGGAGCUUCGUGGAGAGGUUCCGUGCAAAGGAAAUGUCGUUGCAGCAGCUGAUGGCGCUGGUGCUUGGGCUGGUGGGGGAGAUGGAAAUGAAAGCCCGCACCCACAUCGUGCUGGGGGGUCUGCAGGGCAGCGUCCCUGCCGUCCGGCUGCUGGAGGCCGGCAUCCUCACGGAGAAGAUGUUUGAAGAGCUGGCUCAGGGCAUCCGAACUCCUGAGGAGGUGGCUGAAGUGAGCGACGUGAAGAGGUACCUGCAGGGCACGGGCAGCAUCGCUGGGGUGAUCCUAGAGGAAUCCAAACAGAAAAUGAGUUUUUACGACGCUGUGAAGAAUAACCUCCUCCUGCCCGGGGUUGCCCUGAAGCUGCUGGAAGCUCAGGCUGCCACAGGGUACCUCACUGACCCCGCCACCGGCCACAGGCUCAGCGUGAGGGAUGCUGUGCGGGCCGGCAUCGUUGGCGAAGAGCUGACCGAGACGCUGCUCCGUGCGGAGCGGGCGGUGGUGGGCUACACAGACCCCUACACCGGGAGCCCCAUCUCCCUGUGCCAGGCGGUCCGGAAGGAGCUCGUUCCCAUGGCUGAUGCUCUGCCUUUGCUGGAGGCCCAGCUGGCCGCCGGAGGAGUCAUCGAUCCCAUCCACCACCAUCACCUCCCGCUCCAGGCUGCGUACAGGUACGGCUUCUUCGACGAGGACUUGAAGCGAAGCCUCGCGCAGCUGAAUGACAGCACCCAGGUCUUCUUUGACCCGAACGCGAAGGAAAACGUGACCUACCAGCAGCUGAAGGACCGGUGCGUUUAUGAGGCUGAGACGGGUCUCUGGCUCCUUCCUCUGUCCAAAAAUGCAAUGUUCUGCGUGGACGAACAAACCGUGGAGGUGCUGAAAUCCGUGACCGUCUGCGUCAACGUAGGGCGCUUCAAAGGGCAGACGGUGUCCGUCUGGGACCUCCUCAACUCUGAGUACAUCACAGAUGGCAAAAGGAGAGAGCUGGUGCAGAAAUACAAAGAUGAGAAUGCCGAAGCACUGCGAGAAAUCGUAACGACCGUCACCACCAUUAUCGCAGAGACCGAGGCACAAGGCAGGAAGUUUGCCUUCAAAGGUCUGCGGAAAAAGGUGUCCGCCGGUGAUCUGUUCCGGUCCCAGCUGAUAACAAAAAAAACCCUCGACGAGCUCAACCAGGGCAAGAAAACGGUCCAAGAAGUCACCAAAAUGGACUCUGUCCGCAUAUACCUGGAGGGCAGCAAUUUCAUAGCGGGGGUCCUCAUCCAGCCAAGCAACGAGAAGAUGAGCAUCUACCAGGCCAUGAGGAAGGGCAUCCUGAGGCCGGGCACGGCGCUGGUGCUGCUGGAGGCGCAGGCCGCCACUGGCUUCAUCAUCGACCCAGAGAAAAACAAGAAAUUCUCCGUGGAGGAGGCGCUGGAAGCCGGACUGGUUGGCGUGGAGGUUUAUGAAAAGCUGCUCUCUGCAGAAAGAGCUGUGACGGGCUACGUUGACCCCUACACAAAAGCACCCAUGUCCCUCUUCGAAGCCAUGAACCAAGGGCUGAUCGUGAAGAGCCACGGCGUCCGCCUGCUGGAGGCCCAGAUCGCCACCGGCGGCAUCAUCGACCCCGUGCACAGCCACCGCAUCCCCGUGGAGGUGGCCUACAAGCGUGGGUACUUCAAUGAGGAGAUGAACCGCGUCCUGUCCGACCCCAGUGACGACACCAAGGGCUUCUUCGACCCCAACACGCACGAGAACCUCACCUACAUGCAGCUCCUGGAGAGGUGCGUUCAGGACGCAGAGACGGGGUUGUACAUGCUGCAGGUUGUGCAGGAAGGGGGGAAAUACUUCUACGUCGAUGAGUUGACGAGACAGGUUCUGCAGUCAAAGCCCCUUCAAGUGAAAGUUGGAAGAUUCAAGGACCAAACGGUGUCCGUCUGGGACAUCCUCUACUCUCACUACAUCUCGGAGCAGAAAAGGAAAGAACUGUUAAAGCAAUACAAAGGCAAGACUCUUACUCUGGAAGACCUUACAGCUCUCAUCCUCAAAGUAAUUGAGGAUACAGAGCAAAAAGGAGAAGCCCUCAAGGUUAAAGGACUGCGGGGCGAGGUGUCGGUGUCAGAGCUGUUCAACUCGGAGAUAAUUGACAAGGGGACUCUGGAGCAGCUGCAGGAUGGGAGCCUGAUGCUUGACAGCCUCACCAAGCGGGACGCAGUCAGAAGGUACCUGGAUGGCACCGGGAGCAUCGCCGGAGUGCUCCUGCCAUCAAGGAAAGAGAGGAUGAGCAUCUACCAGGCAAUGGAGAGGGGGCUCCUCUCCGAGCAGUGUGCGCUGGGGCUGCUGGAGGCGCAGGCUGCCACCGGCUUCAUCAUCGACCCAGUAAAGAACCAGAAGCUCUCGGUGGACGAGGCCGUCUCCUGCGGGCUGGUGGGCAGCGAGCUGCACGAGAAGCUGCUGUCUGCAGAGAGAGCCGUGACAGGAUACACGGAUCCCCAGGUAGGCGCUAAGAUCUCCCUCUUCCAGGCCAUGAGGAGUAAGGUAGCAGCCAAGGAGCACGGCAUCCGUCUGCUGGAGGCCCAGAUGGCCACUGGUGGCAUCGUCGACCCCGUGCACAGCCACCGCUUGCCUGUGGAGGUGGCCUACCGGCGCGGCCACCUGGACGGGGAAACGUUCCUCCUGCUUUCUGAUCCCGACCACGGCAGCAAAGGAUUUAUAGACCCAAACAUCCGCGAGAAAAGCAGCUACAGUCAGCUCCUGAAACGGUGCUCCAGAGACACAGAGACGGGGCUGUGCCUGCUGCCGCUCCUGGAGAAAGAGGAGGACUAUUUCUACAUCGACGAGCGCACAAAGAAAGCACUGAUGGCAACAAGGGUGGAGGUGUCUGUCGGGAAAUACAAAGGCAGUGAAUUGUCGCUGUGGGAACUGCUGUGCUCCGAGUACAUCACAGAAGAGAAGAGAAAAGAACUCGUGCAAAAAUAUAAAGAGGAAUCCCACCACAUCGUGCAGAGAAUCAUCGACGUAAUAUUAAACAUCAUCAGGGAGAAAGAGCAACACAGAAGCGACGUUUGGUUCCAAGGCAUCAGGCAACAAAUCACAGCGUCAGAGCUUCUCAGCGCACAGAUAAUAACAGAGGAAACCAUGCGAAAACUCAAGGAAGGAAAAGAGACGGCAGAAGAAAUAGCAAAGAAGGAGGAUGUGAGACGAUACCUCGAGGGGACGGGCAGCAUCGCCGGUGUGCUGGUGCCCUCCAAGGCCGACCCCGCCAAGACGGAGAAGAUGAGCAUCUACCAGGCCAUGUGGAAGGGCAUCCUGAGGCCGGGGACAGCACUCGUGCUGCUGGAGGCGCAGGCUGCCACCGGCUUCAUCAUCGACCCAGUAAAGAACCAGAAGCUCUCGGUGGACGAGGCCGUCUCCUGCGGGCUGGUGGGCAGCGAGCUGCAGAAGAAACUGGUCUGUGCGGAAAAGGCGGUCACAGGAUACAGCCACCCGUGCACGGGACAGAAGAUGUCCCUCUUCCAGGCCAUGCAGAAGGAGCUGAUCGUCAGGGAGCACGGCAUCCGCCUGCUGGAGGCCCAGAUCGCCACCGGCGGCAUCAUCGACCCCGUGCACAGCCACCGCAUCCCCGUGGAGGUGGCCUACAGGCGCGGGUACUUCAAUGAGGAGAUGAACCGCGUCCUGUCCGACCCCAGCGACGACACCAAGGGCUUCUUCGACCCCAACACGCACGAGAACCUCACCUACAUGCAGCUCCUGCGCCGCUGCGUGCCCGACCCGGACACGGGGCUGCUCAUGCUGCAGCUGAUGGACAAGGGCUCGGCGCUCUACCAGCUGAGCGAGGACGCCCGCACAGCCCUGCAGACCGCCCGCACCAGCGUCAGCGCGGGGCUCUUCCAGGGCCAGAGCGUCACCCUCUGGGAGCUCCUCUUCUCUCGCUACGUCCCCGACCGCCGGCGCCAGCAGCUCCUGCGCGACUACAAGGCGGGCACGCUGAGCAUCUCCGACAUGACCGCCCUUCUCACCGCCGCCGUCACCGGGGCCGCGGGACGGGGCCGUGCCUCCUCCGGGCAGGAAACAACGCAGCAGGAGGUCCUGCCUCCAGCCCACAACGGCGAUGGCAGCAGCUCCCAGCAGGACGGCGAUCACCACAAGGACACGAAAGCAGACGCAGAGCUGGAGCUGGAGCUGGAGCUGGAGCUGGAGCUGGAGCAGGCCCUGUCGUCGCGCAGCAUCGAGGUGUCGGGCGGCGACUUCCACGGCAGGAAGGUCUCCCUGUGGGAGCUCCUCUUCUCCAAGUACGUCUCCGAGGCCAAGAGGCGCGAGCUGCUGGGCAAGGCCCGCGCCGGCAGCCUGACGCUGGACCAGCUGGCCGCGCUGCUGGCCCUCCUGGUCCAGGAGGCGGUGGAGCGCAGCAGCACGGUGACGUUCCGCGGCCUCAGGCGGCAGGUGACCGCCUCGGACCUGCUGGACUCGGGCAUCAUCGACAAGGACACGCUGGCCGACCUGGUCCAGGGCUCCAAGACGGUGGAGCAGGUGACGCAGAUGGCCUCCGUCAAGCGCUACCUGGACGGCACGGGCUGCAUCGCCGGCGUGCUGGUGCCCUGCAAGGCCGACCCCGCCAAGACGGAGAAGAUGAGCAUCUACCAGGCCAUGUGGAAGGGCAUCCUGAGGCAGGGCACGGCCCUGGUGCUGCUGGAGGCGCAGGCUGCCACCGGCUUCAUCGUCGACCCAGUAAAGAACCAGAAGCUCUCGGUGGACGAGGCCGUCUCCUGCGGGCUGGUGGGCAGCGAGCUGCACGAGAAGCUGCUGUCGGCCGAGAGGGCCGUCACGGGCUACACCGACCCAUACAGCGGCGCCCAGAUCUCCCUCUUCCAGGCCAUGCAGAAGGAGCUGAUCGUCAGGGAGCACGGCAUCCGCCUGCUGGAGGCCCAGAUCGCCACCGGCGGCAUCAUCGACCCCGUGCACAGCCACCGCCUGCCCGUCCAAGCCGCCUUCCAGCGCGGCUACUUUGACCACGAGAUGAGCCGCGUCCUGUCCGACCCCAGCGACGACACCAAGGGCUUCUUCGACCCCAACACGCACGAGAACCUCACCUACAUGCAGCUCCUGCGCCGCUGCGUGCCCGACCCGGACACGGGGCUGCUCAUGCUGCAGCUGAUGGACAAGGGCUCGGCGCUCUACCAGCUGAGCGAGGACGCCCGCACAGCCCUGCAGACCGCCCGCACCAGCGUCAGCGCGGGGCUCUUCCAGGGCCAGAGCGUCACCCUCUGGGAGCUCCUCUUCUCUCGCUACGUCCCCGACCGCCGGCGCCAGCAGCUCCUGCGCGACUACAAGGCGGGCACGCUGAGCAUCUCCGACAUGACCGCCCUUCUCACCACCGCCGUCACCGGGGCCGCGGGACGGGGCCGUGCCGCCUCCGGGCAGGAAACAACGCAGCAGGAGGUCCUGCCUCCAGCCCACAAAAACGAUGGCAGCAGCUCCCAGCAGGAUGGCGAGCACCACAAGGACGCGAAAGCAGACGCGGAGCUGGAGCUGGAGCUGGAGCUGGAGCUGGAGCAGGCCCUGUCGUCGCGCAGCAUCGAGGUGUCGGGCGGCGACUUCCAAGGCAGGAAGGUCUCCCUGUGGGAGCUCCUCUUCUCCAAGUACGUCUCCGAGGCCAAGAGGCGCGAGCUGCUGGGCAAGGCCCGCGCCGGCAGCCUGACGCUGGACCAGCUGGCCGCGCUGCUGGCCCUCCUGGUCCAGGAGGCAGUGGAGCGCAGCAGCACGGUGACGUUCCGCGGCCUCAGGCGGCAGGUGACCGCCUCGGACCUGCUGGACUCGGGCAUCAUCGACAAGGACACGCUGGCCGACCUGGUCCAGGGCUCCAAGACGGUGGAGCAGGUGACGCAGAUGGCCUCUGUCAAGCGCUACCUGGACGGCACGGGCUGCAUCGCCGGCGUGCUGGUGCCCUGCAAGGCCGACCCCGCCAAGACGGAGAAGAUGAGCAUCUACCAGGCCAUGUGGAAGGGCAUCCUGAGGCAGGGCACGGCCCUGGUGCUGCUGGAGGCGCAGGCUGCCACCGGCUUCAUCGUCGACCCAGUAAAGAACCAGAAGCUCUCGGUGGACGAGGCCGUCUCCUGCGGGCUGGUGGGCAGCGAGCUGCACGAGAAGCUGCUGUCGGCCGAGAGGGCCGUCACGGGCUACACCGACCCCUACAGCGGCGCCCAGAUCUCCCUCUUCCAGGCCAUGCAGAAGGAGCUGAUCGUCAGGGAGCACGGCAUCCGCCUGCUGGAGGCCCAGAUCGCCACCGGCGGCAUCAUCGACCCCGUGCACAGCCACCGCCUGCCCGUCCAAGCCGCCUUCCAGCGCGGCUACUUUGACCACGAGAUGAGCCGCGUCCUGUCCGACCCCAGCGACGACACCAAGGGCUUCUUCGACCCCAACACGCACGAGAACCUCACCUACAUGCAGCUCCUGCGCCGCUGCGUGCCCGACCCGGACACGGGGCUGCUCAUGCUGCAGCUGAUGGACAAGGGCUCGGCGCUCUACCAGCUGAGCGAGGACGCCCGCACAGCCCUGCAGACCGCCCGCACCAGCGUCAGCGCGGGGCUCUUCCAGGGCCAGAGCGUCACCCUCUGGGAGCUCCUCUUCUCUCGCUACGUCCCCGACCGCCGGCGCCAGCAGCUCCUGCGCGACUACAAGGCGGGCACGCUGAGCAUCUCCGACAUGACCGCCCUUCUCACUGCCGCCGUCACCGGGGCCGCGGGACGGGGCCGUGCCGCCUCCGGGCAGGAAACAACGCAGCAGGAGGUCCUGCCUCCAGCCCACAACGGCGAUGGCAGCAGCUCCCAGCAGGACGGCGAGCACCACAAGGACACAGACAUGGAGCUGGAGCUGGAGCUGGAGCUGGAGCUGGAGCAGGCCCUGUCGUCGCGCAGCAUCGAGGUGUCGGGCGGCGACUUCCAAGGCAGGAAGGUCUCCCUGUGGGAGCUCCUCUUCUCCAAGUACGUCUCCGAGGCCAAGAGGCGCGAGCUGCUGGGCAAGGCCCGCGCCGGCAGCCUGACGCUGGACCAGCUGGCCGCGCUGCUGGCCCUCCUGGUCCAGGAGGCCGUGGAGCGCAGCAGCACGGUGACAUUCCGCGGCCUCAGGCGGCAGGUGACCGCCUCGGACCUGCUGGACUCGGGCAUCAUCGACAAGGACACGCUGGCCGACCUGGUCCAGGGCUCCAAGACGGUGGAGCAGGUGACGCAGAUGGCCUCCGUCAAGCGCUACCUGGACGGCACGGGCUGCAUCGCCGGCGUGCUGGUGCCCUGCAAGGCCGACCCCGCCAAGACGGAGAAGAUGAGCAUCUACCAGGCCAUGUGGAAGGGCAUCCUGAGGCAGGGCACGGCCCUGGUGCUGCUGGAGGCGCAGGCUGCCACCGGCUUCAUCGUCGACCCAGUAAAGAACCAGAAGCUCUCCGUGGACGAGGCCGUCUCCUGCGGGCUGGUGGGCAGCGAGCUGCACGAGAAGCUUCUGUCGGCCGAGAGAGCCGUCACGGGCUACACCGACCCCUACAGCGGCGCCCAGAUCUCCCUCUUCCAGGCCAUGCAGAAGGGGCUGAUCGUCAGGGAGCACGGCAUCCGCCUGCUGGAGGCCCAGAUCGCCACCGGCGGCAUCAUCGACCCCGUGCACAGCCACCGCCUGCCCGUCCAAGCCGCCUUCCAGCGCGGCUACUUUGACCACGAGAUGAGCCGCGUCCUGUCCGACCCCAGCGACGACACCAAGGGCUUCUUCGACCCCAACACGCACGAGAACCUCACCUACAUGCAGCUCCUGCGCCGCUGCGUGCCCGACCCGGACACGGGGCUGCUCAUGCUGCAGCUGAUGGACAAGGGCUCGGCGCUCUACCAGCUGAGCGAGGACGCCCGCACAGCCCUGCAGACCGCCCGCACCAGCGUCAGCGUGGGGCUCUUCCAGGGCCAGAGCGUCACCCUCUGGGAGCUCCUCUUCUCUCGCUACGUCCCCGACCGCCGGCGCCAGGAGAUCCUGCGCGACUACAAGGCGGGCACGCUGAGCAUCUCCGACAUGACCGCCCUUCUCACCGCCGCCGUCACCGGGGCCGCGGGACGGGGCCGUGCCGCCUCCGGGCAGGAAACAACGCAGCAGGAGGUCCUGCCUCCAGCCCACAACGGCGAUGGCAGCAGCUCCCAGCAGGACGGCGAGCGCCACAAGGACACGGACAUGGAGCUGGAGCUGGAGCUGGACAUCGAGGUGUCGGGCGGCGACUUCCAAGGCAGGAAGGUCUCCCUGUGGGAGCUCCUCUUCUCCAAGUACGUCUCUGAGGCCAAGAGGCGCGAGCUGCUGGGCAAGGCCCGCGCCGGAAGCCUGACGCUGGACCAGCUGGCCGCGCUGCUGGCCCUCCUGGUCCAGGAGGCGGUGGAGCGCAGCAGCACGGUGAUGUUCCGCGGCCUCAGGCGGCAGGUGACCGCCUCGGACCUGCUGGACUCAGGCAUCAUCGACAAGGACACGCUGGCCGACCUGGUCCAGGGCUCCAAGACGGUGGAGCAGGUGACGCAGAUGGCCUCCGUCAAGCGCUACCUGGACGGCACGGGCUGCAUCGCCGGCGUGCUGGUGCCCUGCAAGGCCGACCCCGCCAAGACGGAGAAGAUGAGCAUCUACCAGGCCAUGUGGAAGGGCAUCCUGAGGCAGGGCACGGCCCUGGUGCUGCUGGAGGCGCAGGCUGCCACCGGCUUCAUCGUCGACCCAGUAAAGAACCAGAAGCUCUCCGUGGACGAGGCCGUCUCCUGCGGGCUGGUGGGCAGCGAGCUGCACGAGAAGCUUCUGUCGGCCGAGAGAGCCGUCACGGGCUACACCGACCCCUACAGCGGCGCCCAGAUCUCCCUCUUCCAGGCCAUGCAGAAGGGGCUGAUCGUCAGGGAGCACGGCAUCCGCCUGCUGGAGGCCCAGAUCGCCACCGGCGGCAUCAUCGACCCCGUGCACAGCCACCGCCUGCCCGUCCAAGCCGCCUUCCAGCGCGGCUACUUUGACCACGAGAUGAGCCGCGUCCUGUCCGACCCCAGCGACGACACCAAGGGCUUCUUCGACCCCAACACGCACGAGAACCUCACCUACAUGCAGCUCCUGCGCCGCUGCGUGCCCGACCCGGACACGGGGCUGCUCAUGCUGCAGCUGAUGGACAAGGGCUCGGCGCUCUACCAGCUGAGCGAGGACGCCCGCACAGCCCUGCAGACCGCCCGCACCAGCGUCAGCGUGGGGCUCUUCCAGGGCCAGAGCGUCACCCUCUGGGAGCUCCUCUUCUCUCGCUACGUCCCCGACCGCCGGCGCCAGGAGAUCCUGCGCGACUACAAGGCGGGCACGCUGAGCAUCUCCGACAUGACCGCCCUUCUCACCGCCGCCGUCACCGGGGCCGCGGGACGGGGCCGUGCCGCCUCCGGGCAGGAAACAACGCAGCAGGAGGUCCUGCCUCCAGCCCACAACGGCGAUGGCAGCAGCUCCCAGCAGGACGGCGAGCGCCACAAGGACACGGACAUGGAGCUGGAGCUGGAGCUGGACAUCGAGGUGUCGGGCGGCGACUUCCAAGGCAGGAAGGUCUCCCUGUGGGAGCUCCUCUUCUCCAAGUACGUCUCUGAGGCCAAGAGGCGCGAGCUGCUGGGCAAGGCCCGCGCCGGAAGCCUGACGCUGGACCAGCUGGCCGCGCUGCUGGCCCUCCUGGUCCAGGAGGCGGUGGAGCGCAGCAGCACGGUGAUGUUCCGCGGCCUCAGGCGGCAGGUGACCGCCUCGGACCUGCUGGACUCAGGCAUCAUCGACAAGGACACGCUGGCCGACCUGGUCCAGGGCUCCAAGACGGUGGAGCAGGUGACGCAGAUGGCCUCCGUCAAGCGCUACCUGGACGGCACGGGCUGCAUCGCCGGCGUGCUGGUGCCCUGCAAGGCCGACCCCGCCAAGACGGAGAAGAUGAGCAUCUACCAGGCCAUGUGGAAGGGCAUCCUGAGGCAGGGCACGGCCCUGGUGCUGCUGGAGGCGCAGGCUGCCACCGGCUUCAUCGUCGACCCAGUAAAGAACCAGAAGCUCUCGGUGGACGAGGCCGUCUCCUGCGGGCUGGUGGGCAGCGAGCUGCACGAGAAGCUGCUGUCGGCCGAGAGGGCCGUCACGGGCUACACCGACCCCUACAGCGGCGCCCAGAUCUCCCUCUUCCAGGCCAUGCAGAAGGAGCUGAUCGUCAGGGAGCACGGCGUGCGCCUGCUGGAGGCCCAGAUCGCCACCGGCGGCAUCAUUGACCCCGUGCACAGCCACCGCAUCCCCGUGGAGGUGGCCUACAAGCGCGGGUACUUCAAUGAGGAGAUGAACCGCGUCCUGUCCGACCCCAGCGACGACACCAAGGGCUUCUUCGACCCCAACACGCACGAGAACCUCACCUACAUGCAGCUCCUGCGCCGCUGCGUGCCCGACCCGGACACGGGGCUGCUCAUGCUGCAGCUGAUGGACAAGGGCUCGGCGCUCUACCAGCUGAGCAAGGACGCCCGCACAGCCCUGCAGACCGCCCGCACCAGCGUCAGCGCGGGGCUCUUCCAGGGCCAGAGCGUCACCCUCUGGGAGCUGCUCUUCUCUCGCUACGUCCCCGACCGCCGGCGCCAGCAGCUCCUGCGCGACUACAAGGCGGGCACGCUGAGCAUCUCCGACAUGACCGCCCUUCUCACCGCCGCCGUCACCGGGGCCGCGGGACGGGGCCGUGCCGCCUCCGGGCAGGAAACAACGCAGCAGGAGGUCCUGCCUCCAGCCCACAACGGCGAUGGCAGCAGCUCCCAGCAGGACGGCGAGCGCCACAAGGACACGGACACGGAGCUGGAGCUGGAGCUGGAGCUGGAGCUGGAGCAGGCCCUGUCGUCGCGCAGCAUCGAGGUGUCGGGCGGCGACUUCCACGGCAGGAAGGUCUCCCUGUGGGAGCUCCUCUUCUCCAAGUACGUCUCCGAGGCCAAGAGGCGCGAGCUGCUGGGCAAGGCCCGCGCCGGCAGCCUGACGCUGGACCAGCUGGCCGCGCUGCUGGCCCUCCUGGUCCAGGAGGCGGUGGAGCGCAGCAGCACGGUGACGUUCCGCGGCCUCAGGCGGCAGGUGACCGCCUCGGACCUGCUGGACUCGGGCAUCAUCGACAAGGACACGCUGGCCGACCUGGUCCAGGGCUCCAAGACGGUGGAGCAGGUGACGCAGAUGGCCUCCGUCAAGCGUUACCUGGACGGCACGGGCUGCAUCGCCGGCGUGCUGGUGCCCUGCAAGGCCGACCCCGCCAAGACGGAGAAGAUGAGCAUCUACCAGGCCAUGUGGAAGGGCAUCCUGAGGCAGGGCACGGCCCUGGUGCUGCUGGAGGCGCAGGCUGCCACCGGCUUCAUCGUCGACCCAGUAAAGAACCAGAAGCUCUCGGUGGACGAGGCCGUCUCCUGCGGGCUGGUGGGCAGCGAGCUGCACGAGAAGCUGCUGUCGGCCGAGAGGGCCGUCACGGGCUACACCGACCCCUACAGCGGCGCCCAGAUCUCCCUCUUCCAGGCCAUGCAGAAGGAGCUGAUCGUCAGGGAGCACGGCAUCCGCCUGCUGGAGGCCCAGAUCGCCACCGGCGGCAUCAUCGACCCCGUGCACAGCCACCGCCUGCCCGUCCAAGCCGCCUUCCAGCGCGGCUACUUUGACCACGAGAUGAGCCGCGUCCUGUCCGACCCCAGCGACGACACCAAGGGCUUCUUCGACCCCAACACGCACGAGAACCUCACCUACAUGCAGCUCCUGCGCCGCUGCGUGCCCGACCCGGACACGGGGCUGCUCAUGCUGCAGCUGAUGGACAAGGGCUCGGCGCUCUACCAGCUGAGCGAGGACGCCCGCACAGCCCUGCAGACCGCCCGCACCAGCGUCAGCGCGGGGCUCUUCCAGGGCCAGAGCGUCACCCUCUGGGAGCUCCUCUUCUCUCGCUACGUCCCUGACCGCCGGCGCCAGCAGCUCCUGCGCGACUACAAGGCGGGCACGCUGAGCAUCUCCGACAUGACCGCCCUUCUCACCGCCGCCGUCACCGGGGCCGCGGGACGGGGCCGUGCCGCCUCCGGGCAGGAAACAACGCAGCAGGAGGUCCUGCCUCCAGCCCACAAAAACGAUGGCAGCAGCUCCCAGCAGGAUAGCGAGCGACACAAGGACACGAAACCAGACACAGAGCUUGAGCUGGAGCUGGAGCUGGAGCUGGAGCUGGAGCAGGCCCUGUCGUCGCGCAGCAUCGAGGUGUCGGGCGGCGACUUCCACGGCAGGAAGGUCUCCCUGUGGGAGCUCCUCUUCUCCAAGUAUGUCUCCGAGGCCAAGAGGCGCGAGCUGCUGGGCAAGGCCCGCGCCGGCAGCCUGACGCUGGACCAGCUGGCCGCGCUGCUGGCCCUCCUGGUCCAGGAGGCGGUGGAGCGCAGCAGCACGGUGACGUUCCGCGGCCUCAGGCGGCAGGUGACCGCCUCGGACCUGCUGGACUCGGGCAUCAUCGACAAGGACACGCUGGCCGACCUGGUCCAGGGCUCCAAGACGGUGGAGCAGGUGACGCAGAUGGCCUCCGUCAAGCGCUACCUGGACGGCACGGGCUGCAUCGCCGGCGUGCUGGUGCCCUGCAAGGCCGACCCCGCCAAGACGGAGAAGAUGAGCAUCUACCAGGCCAUGUGGAAGGGCAUCCUGAGGCAGGGCACGGCCCUGGUGCUGCUGGAGGCGCAGGCUGCCACCGGCUUCAUCGUCGACCCAGUAAAGAACCAGAAGCUCUCGGUGGACGAGGCCGUCUCCUGCGGGCUGGUGGGCAGCGAGCUGCACGAGAAGCUGCUGUCGGCCGAGAGGGCCGUCACGGGCUACACCGACCCCUACAGCGGCGCCCAGAUCUCCCUCUUCCAGGCCAUGCAGAAGGAGCUGAUCGUCAGGGAGCACGGCAUCCGCCUGCUGGAGGCCCAGAUCGCCACCGGCGGCAUCAUCGACCCCGUGCACAGCCACCGCAUCCCCGUGGAGGUGGCCUACAGGCGCGGGUACUUCAAUGAGGAGAUGAACCGCGUCCUGUCCGACCCCAGCGACGACACCAAGGGCUUCUUCGACCCCAACACGCACGAGAACCUCACCUACAUGCAGCUCCUGCGCCGCUGCGUGCCCGACCCGGACACGGGGCUGUAUUUCCUUAAGAUUUUUGCUAAAUGGUCUCCGCUGGUUCAGAUUCUCUCUGCUGCAUUGGAGCUCAACAGCCCCCCGUACCCAUCUGCCCAAUUCCCAUGGACCAAUCCCACGGCCUGUGUCACACCAGGGUGCCUUGAGACCACGGGGCAGCAGGAUCUGUACAGCACUGAGCUGGGCCGUGGCCACAGCCCACACUCACAGCCCACCAGUGCAAAGCCAGGCAGUGUGACGAGGACGAGGGGACGAGGGCAGACAAACGCGGUGCUCCACGGCAGCAGGACUGUUGCCCAGAGACAGAAAAUGAGUGGAGCCCUUCAGAACAACAAGCCAAGCAACACGGCAAUGAACCCGACCGCAAGCAGGCGCACAGAGAUGCGCGGGGAUGGGAGUAACUUCAUAGCUGGCGUCUUCAUCCAGGCGAAGAACAAGAAGCUGAGCAUCUACGAAGCCAUGAUCAGGGGGCUCCUGACGCCGGGCACAGCCCUGGUGCUGCUGGAGGCACAGGCUGCGUCGGGGCUCCUCACCGACCCCGUGAGCAACGCAAAGCUGUCAGUGAAAGAGGCGCUGAGCGUGGGACUCAUCGGCAGGGAUUUCUAUGAGAAGCUGCUGUCAGCAGAGGGAGCCGUGACCGGGUACACGGAGCCGUACACGGGACACAAGAUCUCCCUCUUCCAGGCCAUGCAGAAGGAGUUCAUCGUGAAGGAACACGCCAUCCGCCUGCUGGAGGCCCAGAUCGCCACCGGCGGCAUCAUCGACCCGUCCAACGGCGACCGCCUGCCCGUGGAGGCGGCCCACCAGCGCGGCUACUUUGACCACGAGAUGUGCCAGUUCCUCCUGAACCCAAAGAACCAAACCAGAAGUUGUUUCGACCCCAACACGCACGAGAACCUCACUUACACGCAGCUCCUGCGCCGCUGCGUGCCCGACCCCGACACGGGGCUGCUCAUGCUGCACGUGAUGGACAAAGGAUCCGUGCUCUUCCAGCUCAACAAGGACGCCCGCAAAGCCCUGCAGGCUGCCCGCACCACCGUCAGCGUGGGGCUCUUCCAGGGCUCUUCCAGCGUCACCGUCUGGGAGCUCCUCUUCUCUCGCUACAUCUCUGAUCACCAGAGAGAGGAGCUGCUGAGGAAAUACAAAGCAGGGACGGUGACCGUCCCGGAGAUGAUCAUCAUUCUCACCGCCAUCAUCACUGGGGUGGAAACGGGAAACGGAGACCUGGGCUCAUCCGCAGCAACAGCCGACGGUGAGAUAGGAGAGUCACAGCCGGCGCAGGACGCGCGCUCCCAGGAGCAGCAGUUGAGAAAGUCUUUAAAGUCUGCGACCAUCCAUGUCGCCGCCGGUGAGUUGCAGGGACAAAACGUCUCCUUGUUGGAUCUGCUCUUUUCCACCUACAUCCCUCAGGAGAAGCGGCAGGAGCUGCUGGAGCUGUACAGGGCAGGGAUACUGAGCACGGAACAGGUGGCUGCUGCUGUCAGCACCAUCAUCAACGGAACAGAAGCUGCGAAUAUCAGACCCACGGCGAAUGCUGGGAAUCCACGAAAAGCAGAGGAAAAUGGGGAUGGCUGUUCAGCACGAGACAACGCCUUGAAGUCUACCACCAUUGACGUCCCAGCCGGUGAGUUCUCCUUGUGGGACCUGCUCUUCUCCGACUGCAUCCCCGAGGACAAAAGGCAGGAGCUCCUGGAGCUGUACCGUGGAAGGGUGCUAACCCUGGAGCAGGUGAUAACUGUGGUCACCACUCUCAUUAAGAAGAAAGAAUCUACAGGCCGGAAAUUCCAAAUUGCAGUGAAGCACUCCAGCAAGGACGCUGUGCCAGCAGCCGGAGAGAAGGACGAUGAGUCCUCCAAAGAGGAGCCGUGGGAAACGGCCUUGAAAACCACCGUUGUCGACAUGGAGGUUGGAGAGUUUCGUGGCCGCAAGGUCUCUGUGUGGGACCUGCUCCACUCCAAGUACAUCCCUGAGGAGAACAGGAAGGAGCUGCUUGAGCUGUACCAGGCAGGAGAGUUAACCCUUGAGCAGGUGAAAACCGUUGUCAGCACCAUUGUGGCCAAGGCAGAAGCAGCAGAGGCGGAGCAGUCAGCACACGUGAGCGGUCCGAGGGCAGAGAUGGCCGCCACCGAAGCAGAGCACAGCCUUCACCUGCAGGACAGCACCUGGGAGGAAGCCUUGAAGGCCACCACAGUUGAGAUGGCAGUGGAUGAGCUCCAGGGGAGACGAGUCUCCUUGUGGGACCUGCUGUCCUCUGACUGCCUUCCUGAGGACAAAAGGCAGGAGCUCCUGGAGCUGUACCGCGAUGGGACGCUGCCCUUGGAGCAGUUGACAACUGUUGUCACCACUCUCAUUAAGAAGAAAGAAUCUACAGGCCGGAAAUUCCAAAUUACAGUGAAGCACUCCAGCAAGGACGCUGUGCCAGCAGCCGGAGAGAAGGACGAUGAGUCCUCCAAAGAGGAGCCAUGGGAAACGGCCUUGAAAACCACCGUUGUCGACAUGGAGGUCGGAGAGUUUCGCGGCCGCAAGGUCUCUGUGUGGGACCUGCUCCACUCCAAGUACAUCCCUGUGGAGAACAGGAAGGAGCUGCUCGAGCUGUACCAGGCAGGAGAGUUAACCCUGGAGCAGGUGAAAACCGUUGUCAGCACCAUUGUGGCCAAGGCAGAAGCAGCAGAGGCGGAGCAGUCAGCACACGUGAGCGGUCCGAGGGCAGAGAUGGCCGCCACCGAAGCAGAGCACAGGCUUCACCUGCAGGACAGCACCUGGGAGGAAGCCUUGAAGUCCACCACAGUUGAGAUGGCAGUGGAUGAGCUCCAGGGGAGACAAGUCUCCGUGUGGGACCUGCUGUCCUCUGACUGCCUCCCUGAGGACAAGAGGCAGGAGCUCCUGGAGCUGUACCGUGACGGGACUCUCACCACUGAGCAACUCAUCAGAGCUAUCAGCAGCGCCGUGACACACAGCAAAGAAAGACAUCUCGCAGCCCUUCCCCAGCAGACAGUGGAUCUCCUUCAGUCUGAAGGCUCUUAUAUUACCUUUGGGCAGUUCCAGGAGCAGAGGGUGUCGGUGUGGGAGCUCCUCUCCACCAAGCAGGUCUCCGAGUACAAACGAGAAGCGUGCCUCGACAUUUACGGCACGGGAGGGCUGACUGUGAACAAGAUCACCAUCACCACCACCGUUGUCACAGGCACACAGGGAAAGAAGAGGCAGCACCAGGGCCUCUAG